UAUUUGAUUAUAUUUGAUACCGACUUAUAAAGUCAAUUUAGAUUUAAUUGUACCUCAGUUUCAUCUUAAAAUAUGUUAAAUCUUGUAUUUUGUCUUUUACUUCUGUUUCAGGAGACUUUACCAAAAACAUAUCUUAUUGAAACAGCAGAUGAACCUAUAGAACCCCUACCAAAUGCAGUAGAUCCAGUGGUAAACGCUGGUGACUAUUCCACACAGAUAGAUGAAGUUGGAGACACAAACCCCUCAAAAGCUGGUGAUGAAAUAGAUCCAGUGAUAGACACAAACCCCUCUGUAGCUGGUGAUGACUAUGCCAUGUGGGUAGAUGAAAAUGGAAAGUCCCACUCUUGCCAAGGAGAUAUGGGUUCUAUGGACUUCAGUACUCCUCAAUGGAUUGAGGAAGUUACACCUUGUGCCAGUGUCAAAUUAGAAUUAGGUGGAAAUACAUUUCAUGUCAGGAAAGGUAGUGAUAAUACUUCUCCUGUGACACUCAAUGGAUUCUCUGUAUCAGUGGAACAAUACAAAAAUGCCCUAAAAGGCGAAACAGUGUCUUUAUCUAAUGAAAAUGGAGAUGCUACUGCUGAACUAAAAGCAUCUGCUGAUGGAACUGUUACUUUAGAUGGAAAAGCUUUAACUAAUGUUGAGCUUACAGGCUGGAGUGCAAUUGGACGUUAAAUCCAGUCUAUAACAAUCAAUGUGUUACACCUUUAUUUAAUUCUAAAUAAUUUUACUUAAUCAAACUAACAAAAUAAACAAAAAACAUAAACCUGA